AUGCACAUCCAUAUCAAACCGAUCGACCAGCACCCUCCGCCCGCCCCCAAGAAGCGGCGCAAGAGGAAGGCCAAAGAUCUGUACGGUGGCGCCCCCACCAUGGUCCCCGUCUCCUCGUCCACUGAGCCAGGUUUCCCUGGCAACAUGGCGGCCAUGAAGGCAAGCAGCACGCGGGCACGUAGCCCCACUUCCUCGGAGGACGACGAGAUCAUCUUUGUCGGGGAACAGAUGGGGCCCCCCAGGGGGGACAACUUCUCCGCAUCAGCCGCCUCCGGGCUUGGGGGUCAAGGUCAAAUGCUGGGUCAGGGGCCGGGGGGAAGAGGUCAUGACCUGGGUCACCAGAUCCCGUUCUCGGGGAUGGGCAACUUCUCCCGCGGCGCGGACCCUCUGGCCCUCUUGGCGUCUGCCAACCGGUUCAGCCUACAGGACAACAUGAUGUCUGGCCUCAACUCUUUCUCCGACCAGCUGGCGUUCCGUGAUGCGGCUCUGCUCAACAGUCGCUUCGGGGAGCUCCGCGGGGGGCCCUCACAGGCCUCAGGCUUCGACGACCGCUUCUCCGGGAACUUUAACCAGCAGCAACAGCAGCAGCAGCAGCAGCAGCAGCAGAGAGACCGAGAUGGAGGCUUCAGCAACCAUGGAGGGGACUUGAACAACCGCAGCGCCAGCGUGGGCAUUGGGAACCACGGCAACGGUGACAGCCUGCAGGGCGGCAACAACCCCAACAAUAACGAGAACCGCAACAACAACAACAACAACAACAACAACAGCCAGCUGCCAGCCGUGGCCCACAACCAGGGCAUGCUGCGUGGGUCGGGGGGUGGUGGGGGGAUGGGCGGUCUGACGGCUGGCAUGGGCUCCAUGAUGCACGGACCGUCGGGCCAGGCCGCACUGUCGGGCUUGAUGAAGCAGAUCAAACAGGAGCCUCUGGAUUACUUCCCUUCGUCAUGCCACGGGGGCGGGGCGGACCAGUUCCCCGGGAUGCCCGGCGUGUCCUCUAGCGGGGGAUUCCUCUCCCCACAGCACCUCAUCAACUCACACCUGCGUGGCCAGCUUCCCUCUCUCAACGUGCCACUCAUCCGCGACCACUUUGGCCACAACCAGAUGCUGCCCCCCCCUCACUCCUCCUCGGGGGGUGGGGGCAGUGGGGGGGGCUCUGCCUGCACCUCUGCCUCCUCCACCCCCACCCCCAACGUGCUGCCCCCUGUCUCCUCCUCCGCGGGAUCUUCCUCUUCCUCAGGGGGGGGUGGGGGCGGGCUGCCCUCGUCGUCCACCCCCUCCUCCCUGGCCCCCCUGCCCCUCCCCCUCACCCACAUGGGGCUGUAUCACCAGAGCCACUUCUCUAGCUCCUCCUCCUCUCAGCGGAUGGGCGGCGGCCUGCACCCUAGCCCCGCCUCCACUCCCUCCUCCCAGCUGUCAGUGGGGGGCAACUUGCCCAGUAACCUGAGUACACAGGGCGGCCGCUCGCCCCUGGAGCAGGAAGACCUGCGCUGCUUCUCUCCCCUGCGCAACUGAAGAGAAACGAAACUCUCAGCGAGUGGGGAGAAAAACAAAACUCUCAGCGAGUGGGGAG